AAUACAGAUUGAAUAGAGCCAUUACAGAGAGUUCCACAAGUAGCCAACAUGUAAUGAAUAUUGAUUCAAAUAAAUGUUGACAUGAUUGUGCAGUUCAGCAUAUAUUCAUCCUCUCCCUGUCUCUUCCAGAUGGCUGUUUGGUGGUGUGUUCUGUUUCCCCUGUUCUUCCUCACCCUGAGCUGUGUGUACCCAUGUGGUGCUUCCACUCCAGGCCUACUCCAGGCCUACUCAUACUCCCUCAAAUCUACCAGGUGCACCCAUGCCCGGGUUCAGCAGCUGCUCAUGAGAUAUAAAGAGGAGCUGUUGGAUGACAAGCAGUUUGAGGACAGAGAUCUGGAGUUACAGACCACACCAUCACUCUCUACAGACUUCUACCACUGGCUUCAGAUGAAGGACUGGGAGCGUCUGAGUGCUGCCUCUCAAGCCCUGAACACUUUCUGGGCUCACCUGGAUAUGAAGAGAAAGGAGAUGGAGGUGGAUAAGGUGGAACAGAGAGCAGCCCACUGGAUGGGGACAAGGGGGAAGGCUAAAACCACCAUACCCCAGGGUAUACACCGCAUUCAGACAGACCUGCGGGAUCUCAUGACAAAAGUCAACUUUCAGUUGAGGUGUGUGAACAGUUCCCGUGUGAGCCCCACCUCUCCCCCAGCCCUGACCCGUCCAGUGAGCCCUUCCUCCAGCCACCAGGCCCCAUCAAAGUCCCUGUGGACCAGCCGCCUUGAGGGCUACAUCAUCCUCAGGGACCUGGAGCGCUACCUCACCAAGCUGGCCAGAGACUUCAUCCUCCUGAAGACCAAACACAGUGGUCCUCCAAGCGCCCAGCCCAACGGCAGAUAAACACGGUGUGCAUGGAGUCAUAUUCAUAAUGCGUAAUAGUACUGCACUAGCCUGGAAAAGUUG